CAUCUGGCACCAACCCAACCAAACUCAUCAAAUGCUUAUCUAUUCAAUCCAACUAUCCAUCUGCGGUAACUAAAGCCACUUAACUGAAGCACCAUCUCCUCCCAACCUCAACUCAAUAUUAGAGUCAAAGCCGCACCAAAAUAUUCCCCCGCCAAUUACGCAGUCUUGUCCGUGCCAAUUUUUUCCCCCUUCAAAAUUAAAACCCCACUUCACAUUCUCAUCGAAACGCACAAGCGCCUCUCCAACAAUGGGGAAAGAAGAGCAAGAAGGUGAAGAGUACUUGUUCAAGAUUGUGUUAAUAGGUGACUCGGCGGUGGGAAAAUCAAACCUACUGUCACGGUUUGCAAGGAAUGAGUUUGAUAAUAAUUCAAAGGCGACUAUCGGAGUAGAGUUUCAGACGCAGGUGGUGGAGAUUGAUGGGAAAGAAGUGAAGGCACAGAUCUGGGACACUGCUGGUCAAGAGAGGUUCAGAGCUGUUACUUCUGCUUACUAUAGAGGUGCUGUUGGUGCGCUUGUUGUUUAUGACAUUACCAGAAGAAGUAGCUUUGAUAGCAUUAAACGCUGGCUUGAAGAGCUCACCACUCAUUGUGAUACUACGGUGGCAAGAAUGCUGGUGGGAAAUAAGUGUGAUUUGGAGAAUAUAAGAGAUGUUAGCAUAGAGGAAGGUAGAAGCCUUGCAGAAGAAGAGGGAUUAUUCUUCAUGGAGACAUCUGCACUUGAGUCUACUAAUGUUCAAACGGCUUUUGAGAUUGUUAUCCGGGAUAUUUACAGCAACAUUAGCAAGAAAGUCAUAAACUCUGAUGCAUACAAAGCUGAGUUGUCCGGCGACCGAGUCACUUUGGUCAAGGAUGGGGCCAACUCAUCAAAGGAAAGUAUGAUCAAUUUCUCAUGCUGCACCAGAUGAGCUCUGUUC